CACGUGCUUGCGUGAAGGCUCCAAAGCAGCCAGGGGUCUAGCUUUGAAUGUUUGUGAGUCGACGCUAAAGCUAUGGCAGUCGUGUGUGUGGGGGGAGAGUGGUAUCUUUCAAGCUGUGACAAAUUAUUACUUGCAGUACAUACCAAACAUAACAGAGACCCGUUUGUGUUUGACUGCAGCACAGCGGAAAACAAGCCAAAAGGCACAGGAACUGACAACAAAGGGCAUAGUUGUGCUUCGGAAGAAAAAGGAAGUGAUAAAAUCUUGGCGUUUGCAGUGUCCUUGUCUGGGAAGCUGGUCGCGUUGACCGAUGACAACAAAAGGCUUGUACUUUUUGGGACCGAACCCUCCUGGCAGUGUAUUAGUACAAGGUGGCUGGUGAGAAGGUGCACCUCUCUGGUGUUCACACAGACUGAGGAUGAGUUACUGGCAGCUGACAAGUCAGGAGAUGUCUAUUCCCUCUCUGUGGUGGAGCCCAGAAAGGCAGGGGAGUUGAAGCUUGGGCACCUGUCAAUGUUGCUGGCCAUGACUUUGAGUCCCAAUGACAAGUAUGUCAUCACAGCUGACCGUGAUGAGAAAAUUAGGGUCAGCUACUUGAAGUCACCCUACAACAUCCAAUCAUUCUGCCUAGGACAUCGAGAGUUUGUCAGCUCUCUGUUGGUCCUACCCAUGCAUCCUCAUUGGCUACUGUCUGGAUCAGGGGAUGGGACCAUGAAGCUGUGGGAGUACGAGUCUGGUCGUAGGAUCCAGAGCUGGGACCUUAAGCAGCUGAGGGACACGCCGAGUACUCAAGCUAAUGAAGAGAGGUCUGCUGUCAGCAAGAUUGCCACCUCCCCUGACGGUUGUCACGUUGCCGUGCAGUGUGAGAGAGUUCCCAUAGUUCAGUUGUUUGGGGUGGAUCAAGGGGUGGAGGAGCGUUUAACUCCCUGUAGUAGGCUGACCCUACCUCACAGUCCCCUGGAUCUGACCUUUGACCUCCAAGGCAGGCUCUUGGUCCUGCUGGAUAGCCAGGUCACACCAUUUCAGAUUUACGUGUGCAUGGAGGACCGCUGGGAGUGUGACAGUCAUUGCCUGGAGUUGAGCAGAGUGUCCGAGGCCCUCAAGCCCCACUGGAAAGCUCUUCAGACAGCUUUUGGUGCAGCCGAGAGCCGUUUCCAGCAUCUGUACAAGGUCAACUUCGACAACAUGUCUUCCUACUUGGAAAAGAAGCAACAUAGGCUACAGCAGCAGAAUGAGAACUGGGGGAAGAAGAGAAGAGCGGGCAAAGGACAGCAGAUCAAGCAGGCCAGAAAGAAAGCCAAAUCAGAAGACAAGGGAGGAGAUGAGGCCUCCAGCUGAAACCACCAACUGGAAAAAUGCUUACAUUAUUCUACUUUCCUAUUUUGUGUUUGUUAGCAAAGUGCUUUUCAGUUCAAUGCAACUGCAGUUAAAUGCACACUAUAUAUAGGAUCGAUCUCAACACUCUCAACAAGACACAAAAAAUGAUGUAUGAGGAAUUCUAUAAAUUUAAUUUUGUUGUACAAGUUUUGCUUCAUUUUGUAAUGAAACGUAAUGUGAUCCAUUAAACGUGGGAAGCAACUCGACCGACUUCCCUCGGUUCUUGAGCUGGUCGUGGGAAACUAAACCCAUUCUGAUUUGUACAUACACAAGAUUCCUGUUAAUUUAAAGUACUAAGUUGUCAUGCCAUAAUGUAGACUACUGCUACCAAAAACAAUGGUUCAGAGGUUACUGUAGUUUUGCGAAACUCAGUUAUGAGCUAUUAUGUAGGCUAAUGUUUAGUGUAAAUUAGUGCAUUAUUUAGAACUACAAUUAUGGAGAGACAAUUGUCACAAAAAUAUGUAUUUAAUUGUUCCAAUGUAAUCGCUUUGCACGAAUAAUCGGGGGAAUUUGUAGGUAAUUAGAUGAGAUUAUACACAAUGUCCAGGAACCAAUCAAA